CACAGGUGCCAUUUCUACGGAAUAAAAGCCGAGCUACGCCCAACAACUACCAAAUUACAAAUCACACAGAAAGAAAACAUUUUCCGGUGAAAUUUACAGAGAAAGAGAAAGAGAAAAGCGAACUUUUCUAGGGUUUAACAGCCAUGGCGGACCACGAAGAAAAGCCGAAGCCUGAGUCACUCAUGGAGAAGAUCGCCGAUAAAAUCCACCACCAUGAUUCUUCAUCGUCCGAUUCCGAUGACGAAAAACCCGCACCUUCUUCUUUGAAAACCAAGAUUUAUCGUCUUUUUGGCCGAGAUAAGCCUGUUCAUAAGGUUCUUGGCGGUGGUAAACCUGCUGAUGUUUUCCUAUGGAGGGACAAGAAAAUCUCGGCGAUAGUUCUUGGAACUGUCACUGCCGUAUGGGCUCUGUUUGAAGUAUUUGAGUACCAUUUGCUCACCCUAGUAUGCCAUCUCUUAAUGCUGACUGUUACCGUGCUAUUUUUGUGGUCAAAUGCUUCAACUUUCAUGAGCAAGGCUCCCCCUAAAAUUCCUGAUGCAAUGAUCCCAGAGGGCCCUAUCCUAGAAUUUGCAUCUGCCUUGAGAUAUGAGAUCAAUCGUGGCCUUGCAUCUCUUCGAGAGAUUGCUUCAGGAAGAGACCUGAAAAAGUUUCUCAUUGUGAUUGCUGGCUUGUGGAUUUUCUCAAUCUUGGGCAGUUGCUGCAACUUCUUGACUCUGUUUUACAUAUGCUUUGUUCUUCUUCACACGUUGCCUGUGGUGUACGAGAAAUACGAGGAUCAAGUAGACGCUUUUGGUGAGAAGGCCAUGAUUGAGUUAAAGAAGCAAUAUGCAGUCUUUGAUGAAAAAGUAUUGAGCAAAAUACCAAGGGGUCCAUUGAAAGACAAGAAGACAGCUUGAUACAUGGUUUUUGUGGCAGUAUAUGUGGUAGGUGUGUAAUUCAGUGAAUUAUAUUACUUGGAUAGAAUUACUUGCUGGAUCUUGUAAGAACUUGGGAUUUACAGUGAGAACGAAUAUGGAUAUUUCAUACGUACUAAACAUGGGAAGAUGGCAGCUUUAUUUGUAAUCUGCACAUUCUGAGAUUAUAAAAUGAUUUUAUUCUUCAAGAA